AUAUGGAAUUAUAUACACGUAUCAGCAUUUUCGCGCCAAUUGUAUACGUUCGCCCCGCCAUUGCAUCAGCCCUCGCGCCAUUUGCAGUCUAGCCUUCGCAUCGAAAGCACGUGCUUACGACGCUCGCAUUCAUACGCAAAAUAAUUAUAAUUAUAAAUAUAGCGGAUCAUUAAUUAAUACCAGUGCCUGUGUGACUUGUGGUGUAGCAGCUGGCAAGACUUGUGGCAUUUUUUCAAAAUUUGCAGCUUUUGAGGAGUGCAACUUGGAAAACAUCGACCAGAAGCGUAAAAAGGACCCAGCUCAAUUUCCAUAAUCAAUAGACUUUGGAAGAAUCCACUCAAACUUAAAAGUUGUACAAAGAGAGCAACUUGCGGGAGCCAUGCAACUAUAUCACCCAUACUUAUGUCCCGUAUACAAAAAAAAUUGGGGGGAGCUUCUCCUGAAACAGCUACGUCCAACCUCAUGGCUGAUUUGCAGAGGACCCAGGCUGAGAACCCUAAGUUGUUCCAAAUGCUGCAGAAGUCUCCAGUACAUCAGCAUCGGAACGAUAUUACGCGGAAAAACAGCACCCCGAACGUUAAUAAACAACCGUAUAAACAUCAGGCAACUAAUAGUAGUAGGCACUUAAGUAGACGAGACGAAAAUAUACCUCAAGCCUCAACGUCCAACAUGACCAUGGAAAAGUUUCAAAGAGAAGUUCUACAGUCAUUGAGUGAUCUAAAAGAAAGGUUAUCUGACUGCGAGCGUAUGACUAAGGAAAACAAUUCAAUGUUGAAGACUCUUACGGCGAAAAAGAAAGUGGGAAAAAUGAGUUGUCCAAGCUGGUUGCCUUUUAAAAGUGUCGAAGAUCUAAUUUCCUUUGAAAAUGUUGAUGACGAAACAUUCAAUCAAACUGUCGAUUAUCUAGUGUAUUUGGGCGGCCGCAACGUCGAGGAUAGUCUUUCCCUAUACCUCAAGAGCAGCUUUGAAGUGACGGAGAGUUUGCUUAAAAAAGUAUCUUGGCUUGGCCAGCCAAGUAAAAAUAUUACAAGCCUUUCUGAAUCACGCUUCAUAAGAGCUUGUGAAGAAGCGGUGUCCUCAUACAAUAAGUUUCGAAAGCCCAAUAACACAGAGUUUUCGGACGCUGUGACCAAAGCUCUGAAGGCUCUUAAAGAGAACUUACGGCGCCAAAUUGUAGCAAAAGCUGCUAAAAAGCAGCUACCUCGACGAUCAAGGUCUCGCUCUUCGGGUGGGAGCAAGGAACAGAGUAGGGGCGUGAUGGAGCUUGAAGGAGGGCAACCAACUCGGCAGUCCCGACCCAGGUCUCGCUCUCCGGACGGAAGCAAGGAUCAGAGGAGGAAGGUGAUGGGACUUCAAAAAAAAAUACCACCUCGGCAGUCCAGAGUCUCGGAAGUCCAGAGUUCAGAGUCAGAAUUCCUGAGUCACAACAAUACCUCACUACUGACUCAAUCGCCAGAUGGAAGCAAGGAUCGGAGAAGGGACGUGAUGGAGCUUCACGGAAAGCAACCAUAUCGGCUGUCCCGACCACCCAGGUCUCGCUCUCCGGAUGGGAGCAAUGAUCGGAGAAGAAGCUUGAUGGGGCUUCAAAAAAAGCGACCGCCUCAACAGUCCAGAUCCAGGUCUCGAUCGCCGGAUUUAAGGGAGAAUCGCUUCGAAACAAGCACUUCGAGGAGAAGGAGCAUGGAGCUUCAAAAAAAGCAGGAACUACCUCGACAGUCCAGACUCAGAUCUCGCUCUCCGUGUGGGAGCGAGGAUUACUUUGAAGCCAGUACUCCAAAGAAAAGUAAGGUGAUGGAGCAGGAGCAGAACGAAUUUCUGAGUCGCAACGAUACCUUACUACUACCACAUAAUAUUAACACAACAACCGUCGUCUCCGAGAUUCAUAAUGUCCAGAAUGACGAAAAUUCUCUGGAAAAUAUCGGCAAUCGUGGAGGCGAUGAUAUCGAGAGUGUUGCUGAGUUCCAGAAUGAUGCGCAAGAUAUGGAGGCUAAUUAUAAUGAAGAAAAUGAUGCAGUAGCUGAGGCGAGUGAUGCAGAUGAAGGAAAUAAGAAUUAUAAUGAUCAAGAAAAUGAAGAUGAAAGCGAUGACGAAGCAAUGCAAAUUGAGUGCCUUGUAGACGACCCCGACGUUCGAUCAUACAUACUUUCGCAGACUGCGAUGGAACAAAAAUUAUUUUUUAAAAAAUAAUAUAUAAAAAAUAAAGUUUAUCAAUUAAAAUUAA